AUGAGGAACGAAAACGAAUUCAAUAUGAUGCAAGAGGAGUCAAAAGAAUUUUAUUGGGAAAUUAAAAAUUCAAGUCAAAUGAUAACGAUUUGCAGUGGUUUGAAGGAAAGAUGUUGCAUCGCUGUUUGCUCCGCGCUAGGAGACAUAUUUUGUUCGCUAAAGGGGGCUUAUUAUAAAAAUUUAUUGUUCGAUAAAUUAAAAAUUAAUAGAAUAAUAACGAACAAAAAUCAGGAACGAAAACGAAUUCAAUAUGAUGCAAGAGGACUCAUAAGAAUUUCAUUGGGAAAUUUAAAAAUUCAAGUCAAAUGAUAA